UGAAAUACUUACGUCUACAAACAGCACAUCGUAAGUAAGAUUAAAGUGUAGCUUCUGAGAUGACAAGGGAUUAGAUCAGGACUCAAGCCCAGUUUCUUCUUGUAUCACAGACUUUUUCCAUCUCUGCUUUGCGGAUUCCUGAUAUGGGAACUAACUGUUUUGCUGGAAAGUAUUUCACGCUGAUUCUCAGGAAAGUUAAGAUUAAUAACUGUCCCCAGUCAAACCUAAGUUCACUGUGCAGGCAAGCACAAGCUGAAAGCCAAAUCAUUAUAUUUGUGUUUAGGUUAUAAUGCAUCCAACUGAGUGAUUGAUUUGUAGCUUGUAAAAAUUCCAAAUCUGGAUUAACCUCAGUUCUUGUAGGCAGUUUUCCUCAAGUCACUCUCCUACUGCUGCUGUGGCAUGUAUGUGUGUGCCCCCAUAGGUGUCAGAACACAGACUUCAUGGCCUUCAGGGGUCAAUCUGGCUUUAUAUGGUCAUUUUAGCUUAGGAAGCAGUCUAGAUAUGUUUGUGUGAUAUGGGGUCGGGCUGAAAGGCAACUGACAGAGAAGCACAGGGUAUACAUUACCAGAAGCAAUUGUCUCAUCCAAAGAUUUUACUCACAUGAAGUUAGAAAGGCAGCUCUGUUGUUGUGACAGCUGACAUUCCUGCUUAAGUGUGUGGGUCAUUUAAAAUUACUAUUAUGGUCAUGUUCUUAUCCUUCCCCCAUAAUUUACGUACCGGAAGCAAAUACUGGCAUAAUUUUGGGGAGUUUUAAAGUUUUGUUAGAUGUGUCUUGUUUGUGUUGCUUUUCAUUGGGUAAAGAUGUGAAAUCCAAGUGGACAGAACUCAGAAAUAGGAAUUGUGUUUAAUAAAUUUUAAGUACAUAGAAACACAAAUCCAAAUAGAAAAGUUGCCUAAAAAUUAAAGCAUUUUGGACUCCACUGUUACAGUAUCUCCUACAGUCAAGUAUAAGGAUGUUACAUUAAAAUGGAGAUGUUUUGUCUGUUUAUCGAUGUAACAUUGCAAUUUACAGUGCUGAUAAUUCUCAGAAAAUUUAAUCUCUUACUGCUGGAUGGAGGGUUUCUUGGUUUGGAUUUUUUUAAUUUCCCAUUAAAAUUAAAUGACUUUAUUUUUGUUACUGCUGACUGAAGGGUGAACUGUAAGUUUGGAAUAUAAUGGAGGAUGAUUGAACUGCUAGCCCUGGUACAGACUGGCUCUGUCUCUGAAGAUCUGGGUUGCAGACGUGGAGAGUUUAGCAGAAAGCAUUAUGGAUCUGUGGAGCUUCUUAUAUCUAGUGAUGCUGAUGGAGCCAUUCAAAGAGCUGGACGGUUCCGCGUGGAAAACGGCUCCUCUGGUGAGAAUACAGACUACACUCCGGGUACAUGGCACAGAACGGAUGUGCAUUUGGAAAACCCAGAGUAUCAUACAAGAUGGUAUUUCAAGUAUUUUUUAGGGAAAGUUCAUCAGAAUUAUAUAGGUACAGAUGCAGAGAAGAACCCCUUCUUUCUGUCUGUUGUACUGUCUGACCAAAAUAAUCAGCGUGUUCCUCAAUACCAUUCAAUACUUUGGAGAAAAACAGGUACCCAGAAAAUAUGUCUCCCUUACAGCCCCACAAAAACAUUAUCAGUGAAAUCUAUAUUAAGUGCUAUGAGUCUUGACAAAUUUGAGAAGAGCCCAAGGGAAAUUUUUCAUCCUGAGAUACAAAAGGAUUUAUUGGUUCUUGAAGAGCAAGAGGGAUCUGUGAAUUUUAAAUUUGGAGUCCUUUAUGCUAAAGAUGGGCAGCUUACAGAUGAUGAAAUGUUCAGCAAUGAAACUGGAAGUGAAAGCUUUCAAAGAUUUUUGCAUCUUUUGGGUGACACAAUUACUUUGAAAGGCUGGACAGGCUACAGAGGAGGACUGGACACUAAAAAUGAUACAACAGGAACGUGUUCCAUCUAUACUGUUUUUCAAGGGCAUGAAAUUAUGUUCCAUGUUUCAACCAUGCUACCAUAUUCUAGAGAGAACAAGCAGCAGGUAGAAAGGAAGCGACAUAUUGGAAAUGACAUUGUCACUAUCGUAUUUCAGGAAGGCGAAGAAUCUUCUUCAGCAUUCAAGCCAUCCAUGAUUCGCUCUCAUUUUACACAUAUUUUUGCCUUAGUGAGAUAUAAUAACCAGAAUGAUAGUUACAGGCUGAAAAUAUUUUCAGAAGAAAGUGUUCCUCUUUUUGGGCCUCCCCUUCCAUCCCCACCUGUGUUUACAAAUCACCAGGAAUUCAGGGAUUUUGUGUUAGUGAAAUUAAUAAAUGGGGAAAAAGCCACCUUAGAAACCCCAACAUUUUCUCAGAAACGUCAACGCACUCUAGACAUGCUGAUCCGCUCUUUAUACCAAGACCUGAUGCCUGAUCUACACAAGGUAAAUAACAUGCUCAAUAGAAGGUCCUUCAGCGAUGUGCUACCAGAGUCCCCAAAAUCAACGCGGAAAAAAGAGGAAGCUCGGCAAGCAGAGUUUGUCCGACUUGGUCAGGCAUUGAAAUUGAAAACCACUGUGAAAGGGGAGGCCACAGCUAACUUGGCAACCACAAGCUUUUGUAAAAAGGAGCCUUGGGAAUCCCAGUCUUUCUGCAGUAAUUUUCCUCAUGAGAUUAUCUGCGCAGAUUCUUGGGGCCAGUCCUUGCUGGUUUCUACAGAUGCUGGCAUCUUGUUAAUAGAUGAUGGUCAACCAUCAGUGCAAGUAUUUGAUAAAACUCUCCAAAUAAAGCAGAUGCAUGUGUUAGAAGCUCUGGAUCUUUUGAUUGCCCGAACAGACAAAGGGAAAGACUCUCGUCUACUUGUCUUCAGACUCAGUGCUGUCCAAAAAGAUAUAGAAACAAAGCAAAUGAUAAAAAGCAAAUACGACUGCAGAGAAAAUAAACUGGAGAGAACAAAAGGCUGCCAUUUGUAUGCCAUUAAUACUCACCAUGGCAGUGAACUGAGGAUUGUUGUGGCUAUUCGGAACAAACUACUUCUCGUCACAAAGAAAUAUAAUCCACGCAACAGUUUAACCAGCAGCUCUCUGCUGUCAUCAUCUGAAUCUCCAGUAGAGGAGUUCCAGUACAUCCGGGAAAUAUGCCUUUCUGACCCUCCAGUGGUUAUGACACUGGUGGAUGGACCUACUGGAGACAGUGACAAUAUGAUCUGUGUAGCGUAUCGGCAUCAGUUUGAUUUAAUUAAUGAGAGUACUGGGGAGUCCUAUAGAUUGCAUCACGUUGAAACAAACAAGGUUAAUUUUGUUGCAGCUAUUGAUGUAUAUGAAGAUGGUGAAGCUGGUCUCCUGUUGUGUUAUAAUUAUGUUUGCCAGUACAGAAAGGUAUAUCCUUUCAAUGGAGGUUCUCCACUGAUCCAGCCAUCAGCUUAUGACUUCCACUUCAGCUGGAAUCAAGUUCCUUAUGCUGUUGUCUGUGCUUUCCCUUAUAUCCUUGCCUUCACUACUGAUUCCAUUGAGAUCCGAUUAGUGGUGAAUGGGAACUUAGUCCACACAGCAGUUGUGCCUGAGCUUCAACUUGUAGCAUCAAGGUCAGAUAUUUAUUUUAAAGCUACUGCUGCAGUAAGUGGAUCAUCUGACAGCAGCUCUAAGGAAAUGAGUUCAAGGAGUUCUCCUCAAACACCAACAGCUUAUGAAAUGCCAGAAUGUCCUCUUUCUUCUUUAGAAGGUGAAGUUCCUUGCAAAAAUCUGUACAAAAUUCCUCUCAGUAAUCUGGUUGGGCGAAGCAUUGAACGACCUCUGAAGUCACCUUUGGCUCCCAAGGUCAUCACUACUACAACAUCCAGUGGCAUUGCUUCUCUUCCAGUUACUCACUCACUAUCCUUAUCUCGUAUGGAAAUUAAAGAAAUUGCAAGCAGAACACGUAAAGAAUUGCUGGGUCUUUUGGAUGAGCCUAUACCCAAGACAGAAAGUGCACAGAAGCAAAAAAAGGUUCCUCGAAGACAGUCAGACCCCAAGCAGGGAGCAGUAAGAUCAACUAGUAGUGACAGGAUAAUUUCAAGCUCUUUUGAAAGCUAUUCUGAAGGACGUCAUCUCUCCACUAGUUCAGAUCCCGACACUUUAUCAAACAGGGAGGAGAGCUCACCAUCUAGCUAUUCAUUUCAGCCCGUUUCUUUAUAUGAUGAAGACAUCAUUGAUUUGAAGUGAAGACAGUCUUAAAACCUUUCUUCCUUAACUUCACAUUUUCUUACAACUCUGUGAGCUCUAUGGGAAUGUCACAAACACUGCUUGGUAGUGGUAAAAUGUGGCGGAAGUAUUGGUGAUUAAUCUUUAUAGAACCCAUGUUGUUCUGGCUAUCUCAGCCUGAUUUGGUGAUGCUUAUAUCUUUGACAUAGGUAUGUUUUCUUUUCUCAGUUAAUAAACCAUUACUUUUUGUGCCAUUCUAACAGUAGGUAAUCAAUGAGAGAUUUAGGCUGAAACUGAAAUAAGAAGUAAUACUUGUUCUGAGCUUCUUCUAAUUUGAAGGACCUGACAUGAGUUGUUUUACAACAGUGUAUGUUAUGUGGGAAGAGGAAUUUUAUAACAUAAAUCACUCAUUUUGAUUUUUCAGUCUUUAAAAAAACCAAACCAAACCAAACAACAACAAGAAAAGGCUUGCAGGCAAGGUCUUUCCAAACAGUGCAGUCAGUAUUUGAAAUGAUGCAGCUGUGGUAUGUUCACUGAAGAAUCGAGGAUAUUUUGUAAAGAUCAUGUAAGAUACGAAGAUGCUGCUUUCUUUGCUCUGGCCUGUCCACAUUUUUUAGAGAAACUUGAAAACUGUUUUUGCAUUAAGAAUCCUUGAGCAGAGGUACUUUUUAUAGAAAAUACACUUUCAAAAUAUUCCUCACGAAUUGGAAGUAAAAUCCAACCAACCAACCAAAACCCCACCCAACUGUGUUUCUUAAUCUACUGUAAAACUACAGAUUUUCAUGUUACAAGCAGAAGAGCCAAUCCCUGGUUUUCUUUCUGAAUGCACAAAUCCCUGUGCAGGUAUAAGCAUUAGCUGCUGUCUGCUCUUGCACCAACAGUGUAAGUCGUUAUUCCCGAUAAUCAUAUUUUUCUAACUGGAUUCAGACUGAAGUGUCACUGCAAGAAGCUAAUUUUCUAUGAUGAAAUAGUCAUCUUAGAUCUUUUGUUAUGUUAAAGGACAGGGUUUCAUGUUUAAAGCUUGAUUGUUUUUUAACCCCUUCCUCUAUGCCAAAAAUUAAUUUUAAACUCUUUUGAAAUGGUUUUGAUCGCUUUUUUUUUUUCAUUAAAGAAAGUGUGAUGCUUUGAGGCUUUUUAUCUAUGAAGAUUUUAGCUUUAUUAGCAAGUAUUUCUUAUUCUAUGUGUCGAAUAUUUCCUUAUCUUUGAUUUUAUGUCAUAAUACCACUCAUGUUAUGAUUUCACUUUCUCCAGGCAUGACCAUCUGGAGAUGUGUGCCUUUUGCUUCAGUCUGUCUGAAUGUAAAACUGUUUUUGCAAAAAUAUUUUUUUUUCCCAGUUUAUUGUAGAUAAUGGCUCAAUUGCUCCACCUAUGAAAAUAUGCAAAGCCUUAUCUGAAAGGAUCAUUUCUUAUGCUCAACUGGAGUGGGCAGACAAGGAAUGAAGCAAUAUUUUCAACAGCAAUUAAUCUAGGACCAGAAGCAGUAUUAACCAGUGGCUAUUAUUUCAGUAUUUUUGCACCCAUAGAUGUGUGGGGUGAACCUUAAUAAGCAUCUAAAAGUGCGUGCCAGCUCAAAGUCUUUGCAAGAGCUUGUAAUUCUUUUUGAGAAUAUUAUUUCCAGAGACUGUGUUAAUUUACCCUGUUUUUCAUCUGGGUAGCUAAGGUUU